AUGUGUCAAGGCGAUCGCGAGUGUUGCUUCUAUGGAUUUAAUCCCCAGAUGAAGAAAUGUCGUACCCACAAAAAGAUUUUUACGUCGGGGGUAUUAAAUGAGGUCGACUGGAGAUACUACGCACAUGAAUGUUGCCCUUCCGGUUGGAGGCGUUACCAGGACCAUUGUUAUCUCUUUGAGCAGACGUUUUUAAUCUGGAGCGAGCAAAGGUUGUUUGAAGCAUUAUAUAAUCAUUUACCUAACAUACAAACCUAUUGUACUAACAACGGAGCAUAUCUUGUUGAAAUUGACACCAAAGAGGAAGAUGAUUGGCUUGUUGAACAAAUAUCGAUGCGCAAUGGUGGUAAGAACGAAAAUCAGUACCUUGGAGCAACUUCUCACGAACAACUUGGUGUGUGGAGAUGGAGUACGGACAAUGCUCUUAUUUCCUAUAGCAACUUCUGGCCAGGUCAACCAAACACUCAUACCGUCGAGAGAUGUAUAGUUCUAGACUGGUAUGCCACAUAUGGGACUUACAAAUGGGGAGACACAAGAUGUGAGAUGACAAGAAAGUUCAUAUGUGAAAAGGAUUUGUGAAGUGUAAUAUAGUUCCCAUUAUGAAAAUGACAUUAUCCGUCAAAAUCAAUGAAACGAAACAAAAUGAAAUUUGAUCUGAAACUUAUCAAGAUACGUUUACUAUUCAAACUUUAGCUUAAUAUCUAA